AUGCUGGCGCGCAAGUACCGCAACCCGUGGCCGUCCGAGAGCGACUUCGCGCGCGAGCUCAGCAGCCGCUUCAUGCCCCGAGCGGGCGAGCGCGGCGCGGCUCCGCAGGCGGCGGCGUCCACGGGCUCCACGAGCAGCAACAACAGCGUCGUGGGGCUCAACGGACCCAAGGGCUACACGCGCGAGGAGCUCAUCAACUUCUGGAGGGAACUGUCGCUCGUGGCCAAGCGGCGGCUGCUGCGGAUCCGGCGCGAGACGUACCUCACGGCGCUGGACCAGUUCCUCGUGGGCCAGAACUUGUGCUGCGAGUGUCACGACAACGUCAUCGCCGAGUGGGAGGACCACGAGCGGAAACGCUCCGGCAGCCGCUCGCUCCAGGACUAUGAGCUGGAGCGCGAGGGACGACGAGCGGCUGGCGGCAAGGGCGGCGGCAUGCUCUCGGACGAGUACCUGGCCGCGCUGGAAGUCGGCAAGCGGCAGGAGGACGAGCUGCUGCGGCUUAUUCAGAAGGAGGAACGCUAUAUCAUUAUUCGGGAGGACCACACGGACUUCAUCAUGGACCUCAUCCGCUGCGGCGAGCAGUUCAGCUACGUGUCACCCUUCCGGUCGGGCUUCGACGACGACGACAGCGAAGACAGCGAAGAGGACGAUGACGUCGACGACACAUGCCCAGGCGCCAACACUUCACACUUGGCGCAGGAAUAUUUGCUGGAGGUGCUAGCCAUCAAGUUUAGAGAACAGGUGCGCGUCUUGCUUACCUACCUACUGCCGGAUAUGGCCACCACAGAGCUAAUCUUUGUUUCUCGUUUGUUUGUUCACGGGCAGCUGGAGGACGCGUACCAAGAGGCGUUGCAGCACUCGCUGGCGAUCCAGGCGGAGCUGCUCCGAGACGAGCUCGCAGACCUCAAGGCCAGUCAGAAACCCUCCUCCAGCAGCAGGAAGAAGAAGAACAAGAAGGAGAAGAAGCGCCGAAAGAAGGAGGCCGCGGCACAGAGAGCGCUGGAGAAGCGAGAUACUGGCUCCCAGUCGUCGCGCGCGUCUGCGUCCCCCAAGCACAAGCAAGCAGCAACCACAGCAGCAAGGCGUCCAGUGAAGGAGCCGCCUGCGUUGCCCUUGACCGACGCGAGCGGCGACUCGGACACGGAGGCGCGCGACCCGGAGGAAGACGAGAUCGACCGCGAGGUGGAGCAGUUCCGUCUGCUGCUGGAGAAGAUCAACGCCGAGAGCGCGCUGCGGUCCCGGAAGAAGCUGGUGCUGCCCCCAGGCUCGUUCGCGCAUCUGACUUCCAUGGCCGUCUCGUAG